AGUUAUAUUGCACAUUUUCUUUGGCUGUUUGUAAUAGUGAUUUACAGGGUGGGUCAUAAAAAUUCAUCAGGCCACUGAGUCUAGGAUUAAUAAGGGGUUAAAACGUUGUAAAGUGUCAAUGAAGGGUUUAGGUAGAAGUUUGAGAAGGAAUCUGCUGUAACAGAAGUCCUUUAGUAUAUUACUCUGUGCCCAGACUGUGGAUUCCCCCCUCUUGUCUUGUGAUUUGCGGUUGUGCAGAGACAGAGUCGUCUGUCGAGUGCUGGAUCGGAGAACAUCAACACCUUUUCGUAGAAGUUUGUUUUGGCUCUGACCAGGCAUGGCUAUCACUUGAAACGGAUCAUAUUUUCUUAAGAUAUUUGUGCUUGAUGGAAGAAUUUUAGGAAAUUAACCACAUCCUGUUGCCAUGGCGAUGACAGACAAUCUCUCCUUCCUGGUGACACACAUCAGGAAGUCGUUCAUCACAAGCGACGACACCCAAAUGUGCGAACUGAUCAUAGAGAAUGAGGAUGUGUCGGAGAAAGAUUGGGAUCCUGUGGCAAAGAGAUGGAAAAUGAUUACCAAACAUCAACCGGGUCAGAACCCCGAGUUGGCACAGUCUUUUGAUAUCGUCCCAGACAUGGACUUUGGUGCUCAUCGAAGAAGGUCAAACACUUUAAUGCGACUGGACAGAAUGAAGAGGGACAAGCAGGCUAAGAGAGACAUCAAACACAUCCAGUGGAAAAAUAACAAAGUGGAAAUGACAGAUGAUGACAUCACCGAGAUGUUCGGCAAGCGAGAGAUCCGCAAGAAGGACACCAAGCGAACGUCAUCACUGUCCGAGCAGUUAGAAACUAGCAUUAGUAUUCCUGACAAUCCAUUUAAAGAUUAUGCCAGGUUUGAUGGAAGGAAUUACCCGAGCAUACAAGUGAAGAAGAUUGGUAUUUUCCUGACCAUGCUGGAUGAGGAUGAAAGAGCGUUCCCAAUGGUUGUGGUGGUCCUCAGCACAUCCAAGGUUAUUGAACUCAUAGGUCUGAUUUGUUGGCAGUAUAACAACGAGAACAGGAAACCCAAACUCAAGGAAGACUUAGACAUCUACGACCUCUACAUAGCAGAAGACGAUGGUGAAGUUGACAAUGACUUCCCUGCAAUUGACAAAAGGGAACCCAUAUCGAAAUUUGGCUUCACACGUAUGGCUCUAGUCGAGAAAGUCCAGCCCUCAACCCCGAAGGAUUAUAUUUUCGUGACUGUAAAUAUGCCUGGCAAAGGAUCAACCAAGAUCCAAGUGGAGAACCAAAGCAUUAAAAUGAAGGAAAUUCUGGCCAAGGUGGUCAAGAGGCGUGUGGGCACUAAAACUAAAGGUCUGGACUACAACCUCGAGAAACAAAGCGAAGCAGGUGUUCCUGUUGACCUGGAACUUUCCCUCAAUGCCAUGGAUACCCUCGAGUUCUGUCUGCUCAGAGAAAAUAGCAAACGUGGAGACAUUCCUGACAGUAAUGUAGAACUGGAACCAUCUAUGCUCGAGUCACUUGGCUCAUUCCAGUAUAAAACAUACAGAGCAUCGAUGCCACAGAAGUUAUUCAGUCGCAGUAAGGAGGUUCAGUUAGGUAUAUCAAGAGAACAAAUAGAAAUCGAUCCAGUAUCAAAUCGUAAGGCUGCUAACCAGAAGGCCUACACGUAUGACAUGGAUGCAAUCGCUGCUUGUGAUAUGCUGGAUGAGAAAUCUACAGGAGCAAAUCUUAACUGUUCUCUUUCUGAACACCAGAAAAGUAAAGGCCUAUUCCGUCUGGUUUUCCAACAAACAAACGGAAAGUUUGACCACCACGACUUUGAAGCAGACGUCAGCACUGCCAAAGAGAUUGUGUCAAAAGUUGGAUCUAUCCUAGAAUUUAUAUCAAGCCGAGCAAGAAAGGACUAUCUAUCGGAGAAAUCCAAGAAAAAGAACAGAAAAUCUUUUUAUUUGGACACUUGAGUUUGGACAGGUCCAAAGAUGGAUGCAUAUUUGCAAGAAUAAAUGACUUCUUAAUAUUAGUGAAUGCCUUGCAGUAGAACCUAUCUAAUGAAGACACUACUGGGACUGAUAUUUGGCAUCCUUGAUAGAGUGGUGUCCUGAUUUGAAUGACAAGGAUAAGUUUGGGCCCAAAGAGUGGUGUCUAGUAAAGGAGGUUCAACAAAUUUUGUAUAUUUCACAAAGUUAGUCCACAAGGAAUGUGAAUGUUUGUACUGAUUGGUGCUCUGUAAAUAAACCUAAGUUAUUAGGAGAA